CCUACGUUAAGCUCCUCUUGAAAUGCAUCACUGCUAGCGAAAUAAAUCAUCAUCUCACCCAGAUGAAGAAAGAAACUGUCGAUCAUGUGAGCGAAUGGCGCAGGAGUCCUUAUCUGACUGGCCAGUUCCCUCUUCCCCCAGGGUUCGCAGGAUGGGCCCCAGGCGACGAUGUUUUUUGUGAAUCAGGUUGACGUCACCGGCUCGCGCGAUGAUGUCGCAGUCCCUCAUUUUGCCUUCGUCGAUGGUUAUAUAACCUUCAGAAGUGACAGGUGGAGUGCACUAACAAAGCUUGAACCAGGCACCAUCUUUAAAAUACAAUCACUAUGAACACUUCUCAGACUCCAUACUUUGAUACCAACGCUGCGGCCACCGGUACUGCCACCCAAGCUGGCAUCACCAGCACAGGCGAUGCCAGGACCGGCCCGGCCCCGACCACUGCUGGACCGCAUCGCUCCGACAUGGCGAAUAAGACCGACCCCCGCGUCGAUAGUGACCUGAACAACCGCGCCCAGUAUGCUCCCGGCACGACCACCACAGGCAACGUGCACCCGCAAGCCACUGCUGGAACCGCGACCACCUCAACUUCGGGCACCUCGACGCGGGGCCCGCACAGCUCAUCCUUGCUGAAUAAGCUCGACCCCCGGGUCAACAGUCGCACGGGUGAGAUGUCAACCAAAUCCACGAACCAGUCGGGCUCAGGAGCGAUGCGCGAACCGACCGAUACGACAGGCACCGCGGGCGGAGUGGGUUAUCAGCCUACGGUGCCGUCGUCUAGCCAGGGGACGCACGCGGCCGGCGGUGCUAACACCGCUACAACCACCACCGCUGGGCCUGGCACCACCACCACUACUGGCGCCGCUGGCGGUCAGUCGGCGCGCACGGGCGAGAACGUCGGGCGCGGGGUAAAGUCGGCAGCAGCGGGGAUCCACGGGGCCGGAGAGUCGCUACGCGGUGGACUCAAUGCGGCUGUAGACUCAGCCUUCGGCCACGAUAAUGGUGCGGCUAAGAACGCAGCGAUUGCGGACAAGGGCGAGCGAGAGAUUCAAACCGGGCAGUUUGGGCGCGCGCACUGAACUGAGCUGCUUUUCAGAUUGAAAUGAUGCGAUACGAUGAUACGACUGAUGCCUGUUAUUCGAUUGUUUGAUAAGUCGCGUUUAGUGGAGCUAGUCAAAUGGCUGCCUGUUGUGCAUUGUGAUAAUGUAAUCAGUUUGGGUACUGUAUGUACUAUGCUUAGUUAUAACUAAUUGAUUGGAUUGGAUUGUUC